AUGUAUUACAGCAGCGGUAACUAUGAAGCUUUCGCUCGACCACGGAAGCCGGAAAACGCCGAGAAGAAGAAAGCAUGGUUCGUAGGAUCCGGUCUCGCCUCCCUUGCAGGAGCGGCCUUUCUCGUGCGAGAUGCCCAAAUGCCAGGAGAGAAUAUCACCAUCCUUGAGGAACUUGGUCUCCCUGGAGGAGCCCUGGACGGCAUCAAAGAGCCAGAGAAGGGUUUCGUCAUCCGCGGCGGAAGAGAAAUGGAGGACCACUUCGAAUGCCUAUGGGAUCUCUUCCGAUCUGUGCCAUCGCAAGAGAUUGAGGGAGCCUCAGUGCUCGACGAAUUCUAUUGGCUCAACAAAGACGACCCUAAUAAAUCCCUACAGCGAGUAACCGUCAACCGAGGACAAGAUGCUCAUACCGACGGUCUCUUUGGCUUAAGCGGCAGUGCUCAGAGAGACAUCAUCCAUGUCUUCCUGGCGACCAGAGAGGAAAUGGAGGGCAAACGCAUCAACGAAGUCUUCGGCUGUGACUUCUUGCAGAGUAACUUUUGGCUCUACUGGCGAACAAUGUUUGCAUUCCAGGAAUGGCAUUCGGCAUUAGAAAUGAAGCUCUACCUGCAUCGUUUCAUUCACCACAUUCACGGCCUGCCGGAUUUCUCUACUCUAAAGUUCACUAAGUACAACCAGUACGAGUCACUGGUCCUCCCGCUUCACAAAUGGUUGCUCGACCAUGGUGUCAAAUUUCAGUACAAUACCGAGGUAGUAGAUGUCGACUUCUCUCUGACUGACGGUAAGAAGCAGGCCACGCGCAUUCACUUGGUUAAGGACGGGCAGAAGGAAGAAGUGGACCUUGGCCCAAAUGAUCUGACUUUCAUGACGAUCGGAUCCUUGACCGAGAACUCCAGCCUUGGUGACCACCAUACACCAGCCAAGCUCAAUGAAGGACCAGCCCCGGCAUGGGAUCUGUGGAGACGCAUCGCGGCGAAGGAUCCAUCUUUUGGUAAGCCCGACGUCUUCGGCGCUCACAUCUCUGAGUCGAAAUGGCAGUCAGCCACGGUGACGACCUUGGAUAAGCGCAUACCCGAGUACAUCCAAAAGAUCUGCAAACGAGACCCCUUCAGCGGCAAGGUCGUGACCGGUGGCAUUGUCAGCGUCAAGGACUCCAGUUGGCUUCUCAGUUGGACGGUCAACCGACAGCCACACUUCAAGAAGCAGCCACGCAAUCAGAUCGUCGUGUGGGUGUACUCACUGCUCGUCGACGCGCCCGGCGAUUUCACCAUGAAGCCCAUACAAGACUGCACGGGCGAAGAAAUCACCCAGGAAUGGCUGUACCAUCUUGGCGUGCCGAUCGAAGACAUUCCCGAGCUCGCAGCCACCGGUGCCAAGUGCGUGCCGUGUAUGAUGCCCUAUGUGACCUCUUUUUUCAUGGCUCGUCACACAGGCGAUCGACCGGCCGUGGUCCCUGAAGGUGCGACCAACUUUGCCUUCAUUGGCCAGUUCGCCGAAUCGACGCGCGACACCAUUUUCACAACCGAAUAUUCCGUCCGUACAGCGAUGGAAGCUGUGUAUCAGCUGCUUAACGUCGAGCGUGGAGUUCCCGAGGUGUUUAACUCGACUUACGAUGUUCGUAAAUUGCUGGCGGCGACCAGUCAUCUUCGCGAUGGGAAGGCGUUGGAUGCACCUCUACCGGAGUUCUUGCGCACUUGGAUUGUACGGAAGCUUGACAAUGAAGUUGGAGAGCUUCUUCAUGCGAAUCACUUGAUAUAG